AUGGUCAACAUACCUAAAACCCGAAGGGCUUUCUGUAAGAAAUGUGGCAAGCAUCAGCCUCACAGAGCGACCCAGUAUAAGAAGGGCAAGGAUUCCCUGUAUGCCCAAGGAAAGCGUCGCUACAACCGGAAGCAGAGCAGCUACGGUGGGCAGAUAGCGCCAGUCUUUCAAAAGAAGGCCAAAACCACAGAGCAGAUUGUGCUCUGGCUUGAGUGUGUUGAGCCCAACUGCAGAUCCAAGAGGAUGCUGGCCAUUAAGAGAUGCAAGCAUUUUAAACUGGGAGGUGACAAGAAGAGAAAGGGACAAGUGAUCCAGUUCUGA